AUGGCCAGUGUUACCCAACUGGGAUAUAUAGGAAUCAGCGUCAGCAACAUUGAGGAGUGGGAGCAUUUCGCCACUGAGGUCCUUGGCCUUCAGUCCAACGGUGUUGGCGACGAUGGCAACCUGACCUUGCGCAUGGACGAGUACAGCCAGCGGUUCGUACUUUCACCCGGCGGAAAGGACGACAUCGACUACGUCGGCUUUCAAGUGACCGAUCAGCCGGCCCUGCAGGAAAUGGCGGAACAACUGCGCCAAGCCGGGGUCGAAGUGACUAUGGGGACUCCCGAUGAGGCCAAGGCCCGCAAGGUCGAAGGGCUGAUCAAGUUCGACGACCCGGAAGGGACACCCACCGAGGUUUACUACGGUCCGCCGAUCAGCUUCGACAGGCCCUUCAACUCCCCUCGCGCCAUUUAA